AGAAGUCUCGGAGCCGAUCAAAAAUACCUACCUUGCGUACUGGAAAUUGAACGGGAAGGAAGACACGAGGAAGUGGAUUCUUCGUACAUAUUUUGUUUCUGAUCAUUGCGACACACAUAUUGAAAAAAUUUUUAAAAUGAGUACUGCAUAUUAUCGAGUAAAAAAAUGCCGUGACUUGAAACGAUCAGCUAAAGAAAUUAUAUUAUCAAGUAAUGCAUCAGAUGCUAAGCAAUGUCGAUUCGACGAUUCAAAUUCUUAUGUUAGCGAUGACGAAGACUCAUCUUUUGACCUGACUAAUAGAGCGCCAGAUUUUAGCUCGUCAAAUUCCCAAUCUUCUCCAUCUUCUUUAUCUUCUCAGCAGUCAUGGACUUCAGAAGAAAGCUCUCAAGAAAAUGGUAAUGAUGACUCAACUGUGACAGUAGUUUCUUUUCCAGAAAAAUUACAAAACUGGUGUGUAAGAUUUAGAAACAGUCUAACAGUUGAGGCAAUAGAAGUGCUGCUAGUGCAUUUACGAGAUGAAAAUCUACCGAAUUUGCCCAAAUCAGCAGCUACCUUAUUGCAAACAAAAUCUAAUCCAAAUGUGAAAAGUAUGAAAUGUUUUAAGAACACAAAUGGUUUUUAUGUAUAUUUUGGCAUACAAGAAGGAUUAAAAGCGAUAAUCACUGAUGAAUACACGGAGAGCACUAUUAGCUUAUUAUUUAAUAUUGAUGGCCUCCCAUUAUAUCACGGUUCAAGCGAACAAUUUUGGAUUAACUCGGGGCUUGUUCUACACAAUCAAUACGAGUGUCAACCAUUUAUUGUUGCUGCAUGUAGCGGAAAUUUGAAGCCACAAAGUGUAGAUGAAUUUUUACAGAAUUUUGUCACUGAAGCAAGCUAUUUAGUUCAAAAUGUUGCAACUAUUGGCCAAAGAGAAUUCAAG